AUGCCUUCUAUCCCUCAAAGAUCCUGCCUUGAUGAGGACAUCUGGUUCACAGAGUUCAACAACUGGGCCGAAAACAACCCAUGCCUUGUCGACUCUCUUCACCCCGAAUACCUGAAGCCCAUCCUCGACGCCACUAGUCCACACAACAUCGAACAUAAAUUGUUUACACUGGCCUCUAUCUAUCGUUUCAUCGACUCUGAUGCCGCCGCUGCUGAGGGUCUGAAGGAUUUCAUCGAGCUGCUCGAGCUCGAGAUUGAUUAUCUUGAUACCUCUCUCGGUAAGUGGAUCGCCGAGUUUCCCUUCCUUUCAACCAAACUUGUUGACCAGUAUUUGCAGCUCCAGAAACAUGCUCGUAAUACUACCGACAAUGAUGCAAAAAUCUGCGCAGCCAUGACCUGGUCGUCUCACUUCCCCGCUGGCUUUCAACACAUGCUUCGUGUUCGUGCCGUUCACAAAAGCAGAAUCAAUGUCCUGACUGCGAAACGCAAUAUGCUCAUCUCCGGCCGUCUGACUUACAGCGAGUGUGACAUAAUGGAGUUGAUUAGGUGGGAUGAUGUUUGCCACGGCUAUGGUUAUGAGCGUACGCCCACAAUGGGAGGUCUUGCUGACUUUCAUCCACCAUCGUUGACCAAAUGUCCUCCAAAAAAGGCUCUUGACUACGUUCGAUCCAACGCUUUCAUUCGAAAUGUGCGUCGUCGUACGGCUCUCUCGAGACUUUCAUCAAACCUGGGAGGUCUUAGUGACUUCUUCGCCCCUGCUUACGUCGAUGCUUAUUAUCACAGCUUCGCCAAAUGGUUGACUUCUAUUCUUCCCGAUCUCUACAAAACUAACCCCAAAUACGCAGCCCAAUGGAUUGAUGUCGGCAACAAGCUCAAAGCUAUGCACCAUCGUUGGACCGCUGAAGCUGAGUACCAGGGCCCUCGUUAUCUGAUCACCAAAGACGCAUGCUUCUCAAUGUCGAGAGACCAUACGAGCGUGCGUCGUGAGGCUGGUCAUUUCACACUCCCUACAAGACAUACACCCAUCUGCGUUGACCUUGAGUAA